UUGUGAAAGUAAUAAGAUAAAACCCUGUAUUAAAGGGGGUUUCUUCUUGGUCUUCGUCUGCUUAAACUCUAAAACCAACAUUCCCCUACAAUGGCGAAAACCCCUCUCAGAAAUCUGCUUUUACUCAUCCACAAACGUUUCCUUCAAACCAACCCAAUUCCAAAGCCGCCCCCUUUAAACCCCAAACGCCUCAAAACACCCCAAAACGCCGCUCUGGAAUCCGCGCCCUUCUUCGACUUUUUGAAAUCCUACGGAUUCAACGAUACCCAAAUCGCCAAAGUGCUCAAAUAUCGCCCAGCGUUCGUACAUUCCAGAUUCAACAAAUGGAUGAAGCCCAAGCUCGAUUAUUUCAUUGAAAAGGGUUUUGAAGGUAAGCUUCUGUCUCAAUUCGUCGCCUCGAAUCCUUUGGUUCUUUCUAGAGGCUUGAAAUCUCAGAUUAAGCCGUGCUUUGAGAUUUUAUCCCAAUUUUUGAAAGAUGAUGAAUUGUUGGUUGCCAUUAAACGAUCCUCUUCAUGGUUAUUUACGUCUAAUGCUAUUGUUCGAAAAAAUAUUAAUUUGCUGAUUAAUGAAGGGGUUUUGGUCGAUAGGAUAUCGAGAUUGUUGGUUUUUCAACCUAGGGUUAUCUUGCAGAGCCAUGGUCGAAUGGUUUACGCCGUUAAUUUGGCUAAAGAAGCCGGUCUCGAACCGGGGCAACCUAGGUUUAUACAUGCUCUUAGGGUUAUUUGUUCGGUGAGCGAGAGUAAUUGGAAGAAAAAAGUCGAAGCUUUUAUGAGCGUGGGAUGGACUAGAGAGGAAGUUUUUAAUACUUUAAGGAAAGACCCUGUUUGUUUAGCUUGUUCGGAGAGAAAACUCAGGCAUUUGAUGGAUUUUUACGUGAAUACGAUGAAGUUGGACGCCAGGACGGUCAUAUCAUACCCGAAAUUGAUUCUGUAUUCGACUGAUAAACGGAUUCUGGCAAGGUAUGAAGUUUUGAAGGUUUUGAAGUCAAUGAAACUGAUCAAAGAAGCUAAGAAGAUUGUUUGGGUUUUUACUUUGUCCGAAAAGAAAUUUAUGGAGGAAUAUAUAACUAAGAACAAGGAUGAAGCUCCGGGUUUGUUAGAUAUGUAUCAGCAGGCAGUUAAGAAAAGAAACUCAAGGAAGGGAAAGAACAAAUCAGCAAGUUUGAUUUUGUAGUUCGUUGUUGCCUAGACCUAUGUUACUUGGAUUUAGGACGAGUGUCGGAAUACUGAAUGUGUUCGGGUAUCGGUACAUUUUUUAACAUAAUUGAAGCAUCAUUCUCUUGUAAAUGUAUGUUAAGCCAUGUAAAACAAGAAGGGGGAUAAGAAUGAGGCAAUUGAUCCCAAAUCAGCAAGUUUUGGCUUUGUAGUUCAUAUUUUCCUUGACCAAUGUUACUCAGCUUUAGGGUGAGCGCCGGAUAUUGAAUGUGUGUC